AACAAACCCAUUUCUUCUUUGGUUACUACAUUCCUACGAAGAACUUGUAGACACAAAUGGCCGGAGAAAAUGACUGGAGGAAAACGGCGGAUACGACGAAGAUGAGCUCGGAGGGAGUGAAAGCCGCAGGGGUUGAAUCAUCGAAGAGGCCCCCAGGGAGUAAUCCUGGUGGUGUUCUCCACCAACGCCGUAAUUUGCCAUACAGUUACACCACCAUGGCUCUAGCUGGAUUAGCUAUCUCAGGUGCUAUCAUGUACACUGUUAUGUACGUUAAGAAGAAACCGGAAGCUAGUGCCACUGAUGUAGCUAAAGCAGCGACAGGUACGGCUAAACCGGAGGAUACCCAUCCAAGAAAGUAAAAGCCUCUAAGAAUCUUAUUUUGUUUACCUUUGUAUUUGUGUUCUAGAUUCUGGUAAUGUUCUUGUCCGAACUUUUAUAUUUUUGUGUAAUCUAAUGACAUAACGAGUUCAACACUAAGUAGUAACCUAUUGAUUUUUAUCUAGUA